CGUUUGUGGCUUGGAGGGAUCGAAGGCGGGGCUACGUAAUGGAGCAUGCGCCAUGCAGCUGCGACAUUCCAUGACCUGGGUUGAACAGGAAACCCUCCUAUGUUCCAGAGUGCUAUAAGAUUCAGGCAAGACACAGUUUCUGAUAUUUCAUCCCAGCACACCCACUGUAUUUUGCACGUUACUCAGUUUGGCUUCCUGCGAGGAUGUCUGCCGAGGCGACCAAAGCCGCUUUAGUUCCCGAAUCGCCUACCACUGCACGUCCGCUCGAGAUGGAUGACGACGAUGUUUUGGAGCCCGGCACGUUCGGGGCCGAUGAUGCUGCCGCUUCCGCUGCCGCUGCGAAGUCCAGCCCAACAACGCCCAACACGGCCACCGCGCCCGCGACUGGGUCCAGCGAUGUGCCUCCGCCAAAACCGCCCCGGCCGCUGACCGAAGCGCAAAAGAACCAACAGAUGCUGAAGGAAGCGUUCCCGUCCGUUGACGACGCCGUCAUCAAGGCGGUGCUGACCGCCAGCGGUGGACGCAUUGAGGCCGCCUUCAACGCGCUUCUCGAAAUGACGGACCCGGAGGCGGCCGAGCGGGACCGGCCUCCUCCCCCGCCGCCGAGGCCUGUCGCCGACCCCGUGGGGCCGACGUCGACGGACCCCUUGCAGCUGGAGGCCGACGAGCGGUACGCGCGCCAGUUGGCAGAGCAUUACGAGAGCGUUGGUGCGUACGAGGCGAGGACCGCAAACCGGGACUACCGAGGCGGCGGACGAGUGCCGCGUGGCCGGCAGCAGACGGGUCUGAGCCCCGCAGAUGACGGCGAGCGCGAGCACAGCUUCAUCGACGACGACUUGCCCGUCAUCAAGGAGAGCCUGCGCAAGGGCUUCAUGGAGACGCAGGCGAAGGUCAACACGUGGUUCACAAAUCUGAAGAAGAAAAUUGACGAGCAAUUUGACGAUGAGGAUGAGCGCCCUGAUCAGGGGCGCAGUUCGUUUAUGGGGAGACCGACGCGAAACCAGGCUCGGCGGAGUGCCGACUACGACCGCUACGAUGCAGAUCCCGAGCUCUUGAGCGAUGAUUUUGCUGGCAUGAAGUUCCACAGUGACGGAACCCCCAUCCAGAACCAGCGGCCAGGAGGCAGCAACCCCAACUUCUUCAGGCCGCCCCCGCCGUCCAAGUCGCCCAAGCCGAGUGACGGCAGGAAAGUCUCGUUCCGCGACACGGUCGAGGAUAUUGACGCCUACAAUGCCUCGCCGAAGAUCCCGCCCAAGGACGCUGGCGCCCCAGGGCCCGGCGGCGCAGCCAAGACGAGCAAGUGGCAGCCGCUCUCCGCCGUCGAGCCGAGCCCGAUCGCUGAGAACGAUCCCUUCAGUCUCGGUGACAGUGAUGACGAGAGGGAGGUCAAGGACAGGACGGCCGGGAGCAGGGAGAUCAGGAUGGAAGAUACCGAGCGGUUGCGGCAAGCUACGGCGGACGCGAUGGCGGAUAGUUUGGUGGAUGUUGAUAAGAGCAAGCCGGCGACUGGGAGCGGUACUGGCAAUGCUGCGAAGUAGGGGGCGUGUGAGGUGGCCGGUCUUUGCUGCGAAUAAGGGGUGCCUCGCUGGCUGCGCACAACUGCUACCUUGGUCUUGUCAAGAGGAGGAUGGGCUGUAUCUUGCGGGCACGCGAUAUUCCGAAUGCCAGCGCGUGGGUUUCGGUGGUUCACACUGCUUUCUCUGCC